AAGGACGAAAAAUUUUCAUUUUAAAGAGAACCUCGGCCCGAAGCACAUAUACUUUUCUCCAGUCUUUCCGGAAGCGCCUCCAACGAGGAGAUCAAAAUUUGGAGCGAAAUUUUCCGUUUUUUUUGUGAAAUUUUCAGAAGCACUUCAAAAUUAUGUCCAUUUGGCGAUACUUAACGAAAUCCGUGUUCCCGAGAACCUUUGAUAGUAGCUUCCGGCGUAGCUCCACGCAAGCCAUCAAGGGUGCAGAAAAAUGCGCUAGUCCGCCUUCGAAAGGUCUGGUCCUUGGAAUCUACGUCGACGAAGAGGAUGUCUUCGAUACAGGUACCUUAACACCAGCUGCAGCCAGGUAUAAUGAGCUCCAAACCAACGGUCGUUUACUGGAUUUGAUUCGGCUGGCCGGGCCUAUUCCUAAGCGGGGAGAGGUUCGUGUGUUUUACGACUUAGAACCGACGUUCAGAUCCGUCGCCGUUUGUGGUCUUGGUAGUGACUGCCUUGGAUACGAAUCCACCGAAAAAUUGGAUGAGUCCAAAGAAGCCAUUCGAAUAGCUUCCGCCAGCGGCUGUCGCGAACUGCAGGAACUAGAAACUAACUUCAUCUAUGUGGAGGAAAUGGGACACGCAGAGUCAGCUGCUGAAGGCGCCCAUAUGAGCAUUUGGAUUAAUCAGGAGUUGAAAAAGGUUGAGAAUAGGCAAUUUAUACCCCAUUGCCAGUUACACGUGGACCGAGGAUUGCCAUGUGAUUCUGAUGGUUGGCGAAUUGGAGUAAUUAAAGCUGAGGCGCAGAAUUUAGCCAGGCAACUGCAAGAAAUGCCGGCCAAUUUGAUGACUCCCACCACAUUUGCGCAGAAUGUUGUUCGCAUUUUAGCUAACUCUGGAGUAAACGUAGAAGUGAAGGUACGCAGUUGGGCUGAGGCUCAGGGUAUGAGUUCAUUCUUGGCGGUAGCGAAAGGGUCCUGUGAAGCACCAAUAUUUUUGGAAUUGAGUUACUACGGCGCAGGCAGCAAGGAUCAACCGAUUGUGUUGAUUGGUCAGGGAAACACCUUCGAUAGUGGUGGUUUGUGCAUUAAAUCCUGCGAAGAUAUGCAAAUGAUGCGCGGUGACAUGUCCGGAGCAGCCUGCGUAGUUGCCGCUUGUCGAGCGAUUGCUUCAUUGAAACUACCAGUAAAUAUUCGAGGUUUGAUUCCUCUAUGUGAACAUAUGAUUGGUUGUAACGCCAUCAAACCAGGAGAUGUCAUACCGGUGAAAAACGGUAAGAAUAUAGAAGUUGUGGAUGUCGAUCGCGAAGGCCCUCUGGUGCUUGUCGAUGCUCUGCUGUAUGCCGAGACCUUUGGACCGAAAUAUAUAGUAGACGUUGCCACAACGUCGGAGCACGUGCUGGAUUCAUUCGGCAAAGUUUGUAGUGCCGUGUACACCAACUCUGAAGCUCUCUGGCAGAGGAUUAAGCAUGCCGGCAUUCACACCGGAGAUCGCGUGUGGAGACUACCUUUGUGGGAUUAUUUUACCCAGCAGAUAUGUACGCUACCGCAUGCAGACGUUCAGAAUGUUGGCCUAUGUGUUGGUGGGGAACCAUGUUGUCAAGCUGCAUUUCUUCGGGAAUUCUUACCGUGCGGUCAGUGGUUGCAUAUCGAUGCCAACAAUGUCAUGACAACGAAAGGAAUAGAUUACCCGUACUUAAGAGGAGGUAUGGCAGGCAGGCCUACCAGAACGUUGAUCGAGUUUAUCGCACAAAGCGCUUGCAGGGAAACGGAUAUAUGUGUGAAGAAGACGCAAGAGAACUAAAUUUUGAAUCUAAUGCGAUACUAUUUAUUUUUGAGCUAUAUUGAAAUUAAACAACCAAAACCUACUA